CCACACAACAAUCUUCUUGGGUUCUUUUUUCACAUAGGGACAUACCACCAUGGCCGGAAUAUUGAAACCUGUUUUGUUUUUUUCAGUUGUCAUGGCCAUGACAUUCUCUUCGCACGCUCAGAGUUGCUCCAGCUAUUCCUUCUCAGGAAACCGUGUGUUUAGUUCCUGCAAUGAUCUUCCUGUUCUAAACUCUUUUAUUUAUUACAAUUAUAAUUCCUCAACCGGGAAUCUCCAGAUUGCCUUCCGGCAAACUGGUGUUUCAUCGUCCAGUUGGGUAGCUUGGGGUAUAAAUCCGAGUUCUACCGACAUGUUGGGUUGUCAGGCGCUUGUGGCUUACCAACAGACAAACGGGACGGUGAGGGCUUACACGUCUCCGGUCACUAGCUACACGACGCAGUUGCAAGAGGGAAGUUUGAGUUUCGACGUUUCGGGUUUGUCAGCAACUUAUUCUAACAAUGAGAUGAUAAUCUUCGCUACCAUAGGGCUUAGUGGCAGCAGUGGUACAACUCUGAACCAAGUAUGGCAGCAGGGUCCUUUGUCUGGGAAUAACCCACAGGCGCAUUCUACUACUGGAGCCAACAUUCAAUCCAAGGGGACUUUGAACCUUGUCUCCGGUCAGACUGCGUCUGCCGCAGGUGGAAAUUCCAAAAUUAAGAAGAAAAACAUUCAUGGGGUGUUGAACGCAGUGAGUUGGGGUAUCUUGAUGCCUCUUGGUGCUAUAAUAGCUAGGUACUUGAAGGUAUUCAAAUCGGCCAAUCCUGCCUGGUUUUAUCUCCAUGUUUCUUGCCAAGUCUCGGCCUAUGUCGUUGGAGUGGCCGGCUGGGGAACCGGUCUCAAACUUGGCAGUGAGUCUGCCGGAAUUCAGUACAAUCCCCACAGAAACAUUGGCAUCACCUUAUUCUGCCUUGCAACGCUUCAGGUAUUUGCCCUGCUUCUGAGGCCAAAACCAGAUCACAAAUUUAGAUUCUACUGGAACAUCUACCAUCAUUUGGUCGGAUACACUGUAAUCAUCCUUGGUGUUAUCAACAUUUUCAAGGGAUUCAACAUCCUGAACCCGGUGGAGAAGUGGAAGAAUGCAUACAUUGGUGUCAUUGUGGCUUUGGCCUUCAUUGCUGUUCUGCUGGAAGCUUACACAUGGGUGGUUGUGUUGAAGAGGAGAAAGUCAGAGAGUGCCGGAAAACCACCACACCAUAUCAAUGGUGCAAAUGGGGCCAGGGCAGAGCAUGUUUAGAUGAUGAUUUAGUCUCUCUUUUGGGGUUUCUCUUUACCAUUGCUUGCUGUUACCUCAGGCAUAUUUAUGUAUGAGUUGACCUGAGAGGGAGAAUGGGAUUAGAAUUUGAUUCUUUGCAGAGUAUGCUCUAGGAUGUCUAUGUCUGUACAUGGUAUUCUCCAUGCUGCUUCCUGGCUUGUGUUUCAUUUCUUGUAUAAUUGCUCUAGUUUACACAAAUUGAUAUGAGUUAUAUACAAUUUUUAUAUUCAUUACUUAUACAGAUUAUGACCAUUCAUCUCUUCAUUAUAAACAUAUAAAAUUUAUUCACUUUU